UAACGCUGCAAUUUGCAACUGUCAUAUUUUGACAACGAAACGGAAAUGAAUUUGAAACACAUGUUGGCCAUCUAUAAAAUUCAUGUAAACUUCCUUUCUUCUGACAAAUUUCAUAGCAAUAGGAUUUAAACAGCAACAUGGCUGUUAGGUACGAAAUUUGUAUUGGCUUAAACAAAGGUCAUAAGACUUCUAAAAUCAAAAAUGUUAAGUACACAGGUAACAAAAAAGUUAAAGGACUAAGAGCUUCACGAAUGAAGUGUAUACAAACAAGACAUUUGAAAUUCAUGAGAGAUUUAGUACGUGAAGUUGUUGGUCAUGCACCAUAUGAAAAAAGAUGUAUGGAAUUGUUAAAAGUAUCAAAAGAUAAGCGUGCACUAAAAUUCUUGAAAAGACGACUUGGAACACAUAUUCGUGCUAAAAGGAAGCGUGAAGAAUUGUCCAACAUUUUAACUCAAAUGAGAAAAACCCAAGCACACACCAAAUAAGUUUACUUAUAAUUGGGAUUAAAAUCAAAAUAAAGGGAAAAGAAUUAAAGUGUUAAAAAUUUUUUUUAAUUAAUAAUUUA